GCUGCAGAAUAUGUCAAUGUCAAUUUGUAUUUGUUUUCUGUGAAGAAGAGAAGAAAAAAAAUAAACAAAUCAACGCAAAUCGAAAGGGGUUCAAGAAUCAAGAAACGAAUCCAAAAUGUCAGCCAACGAUUCUGGAAUUGAGAACAGCAACGAUAGCAAUGAUUUUACGUUGACAUUUCCUGCUGCUUUCAAAGACUUUAAAGAUUUUACAAGUCCCAUCGAAUUGAACCCAAACUCGUCAACAUCCAGCCAACAACCACAUAGCAUGCUCAGUCAAUUUCGGCAGCAAUCAUCGGGAAAGAUGAAAAUGUCGAAACAGAAUAUUAAACUGGCAUCGUUGCCGUACUUUCGGGCUCGACUAAACGAAAGAAAACUGCGUGUAGCCGCUUCCAUUUCGAAUGUGGAAUUAUUGACCAAAUACCUUGAAACUGGAGUCAAUCCGAAUGGUUGUGACGAACUUCAACGUACUGCUUUGCAUCUAGCGGCCAGUCGUGGCUUCACUGACAUCGUCGCUCAACUACUUAAAUACGGUGCCAAUCCGAAUCAGAAGGAUUUACUGGGCAAUACUCCACUUCAUCUGGCCGUCUGUUCAGCCAGCUCCAUCAAUUUCAACAUGACCGUACGAAUUCUGUUGAAUCACGGAUCGAGUGUUCGUUGCACCGACAAAAUGGGACGAAAUCCACUGGAUCUGGCCAACAGUAAACUUAGUUUGAUGCGCCGUCGACGAUGCGAUUAUCCGGAAUCGGAUAAAAUUUUACGGGACAUGUCAAUACUAACCGCGUUUCUGUUGUGGCAUUAUCAGCGCGAGCAACAAGACGAUUUCGAAAUAAAUUCGUUGGAGCAACGUUUACAGAAUUUGAGCACACAGGAAGUGGAGAACGAGGCCGACAAACUGUUAGCGAAAGUCGAAAUGCUGAAAUUGCAAAAUUAAUUUUUUUUCUUUACUGGAUUGAUUUGUUAGUGCGAGUGGAUUGAUUACUGUUUGCAGUAACGGUGAGUAUACAAUUAAUGCUUCUCAUUGUAUCGUUUAACGAAUCGUAUGACGAAAAUUUGAUGCACAUUGAUGGUACAGAUGAUUAGUAGGAUUUUAUCUUUCGAAUAUUCGGGCUCACCCAGAUGCGGUUUCUGCAUGAGUUCAUUACCGAUGAAAUGAGAGUAAUUAGUAGAUGCCACAGUUGUUUGGUUUCUUAGUAAUACCUGAUUAGAAUGACUAGGACUUCCAAUUGACCGGUUUUUUCCCAUCCUUUUAUUUUCAACUGUUUACAUAAUCUCAUCGUCGAUAUGCAUCAAAUUUUAUCUCUUAUCGAUUUAUUUCCUCAUUGAUUGGAAAAUAAAUUUUUUUGGACAUUCUUAGUUGCAAUCCCGUGGACCGCACAGGUCCUUAGCAUCAUCAUGAUGAUGCUACUAACUGCAUUAUACUUUCUAAGAAAGAAUUUAAAACCGAAAAAAUUAGAAUUAAGUUUAGUGAUUUAUACAUAUAAGUGCAUCAAUUGCAAAAUAAAUGGUCGUAAAUCGUGUUUUUUGCCAAUUUUGUAACAAUGUGUACUGUAUAAAGAGUUUGUAUAAAAUAUAAUCAACAAAAUGGUGUAAUAAAUUAUCAUAUAACUACUCUA